ACGUGACACGGCCUAAGUUCAAAUUUACUAGAAGGAUAGUUUGGGGAGUUCCUGCGUUCAUAUUUUCCGGCCUGUGAAGUUUUUCCUUUUAGUGCUGUUCGUUAGUACUUCGGCGUAUAUAUCGUGUACACCUUGCCCUGACAUCCCGACAUUUGUGGAUAUGUUUUUGUCAGUGUAAUCAACUGUUCGACCGUUGUGUGUUUCACUGUUGAAUAAACAAAUUACCGACAAAAGUGGACGACAAUGGCCAACCACUACGAGGUCCCAAACUGGGCCGGGAAGCCACCGGUGGGUCUGCAUCUGGAUGUACUCAAGAGCGACAAACUGAUACAGAAGCUCAUGGUGGAUGAGAAGAAGUGUUACCUGUUCGGCCGCAAUCAACAGCUGAAUGACUUCUGCAUCGAUCACGCGUCCUGUUCUCGUGUCCACGCAGCACUUGUUUACCACAAACACCUUAAUCGCGCAUUUCUAGUUGACUUAGGAAGCACACACGGGACUUUUAUUGGCAAUUUACGCUUGGAAGCUCACAAGCCGACGCAGUUACCGAUCGACAGUACAUUUCACUUCGGUGCGUCCACUCGUUAUUACAUAAUAAGAGAAAGACCUCAAACCGGUGCCAGGCCUAUCAUUGAAGAACUGGAGAAGCUAUCCGAGGAUAUUGACGCCGGUGGCUUGUUAGGUCUACCGGAAACAGAAACGGAGUUGGACAAUUUGACCGAGUUCAACACCGCACACAAUCGACGGAUUUCUAUGCUCGGCAUAACGGACGACGAGAUGCACAAGCCGACGCGAAAGCGUAAGAAGAAGGGCAUCACUUUCAACGAUGACGAGGAAGUCAUUAAUCCCGAGGACGUUGACCCGUCGGUCGGGAGGUUUCGCAAUCUCGUACAAACGACUGUUGUUCCUAGCAAAAGAAUGCGCAUGGAAGGCGGCCUCAUAUCCUUAUCGGAGGAUCACAAUCCUCUGAAGCAUAUGCAACCGACGUCCACCACGCCCCAGCUCUAUCACGACCUACCUCCGGAGCAGUUCACGCCGUCCUCCAUGUCGACCAAUCCCUUCUCCACCGCUCUCACCUCGUUGACGUCGCGAUUAGGCAUCGCACUACCUAACCCGGCGCCCGAGGUGGAAAUGACGCCGAAUCAAAUACAAACGGAAGUGCCGCACGUGCAGGAAAUACCGGGCGCUACGGAGCCGCGAGUGAUGGAACCGAAGAAGAAGAAGUACGCCAAAGAGGCAUGGCCUGGAAAAAAGCCGAUACCAUCGCUCUUAGUAUAAUAGCCCGAGGGGAGAAUUUAUCACGUUCGUAUCUAUAUAUAUAUAUAUAUAUAUAUAUAUGUAUAAUUUUAUCAUGAAAAUUUUCUUUAUCUCCUCCCCUCCCCUCCUCUAUAUUUCAGGAAUUGUUUAUAUAUUACAGAAUUGUGUAGAAUCGUUCAUUUUACAUUCGUAUUAUUAUUACUAUUAUUAAUAAUAAUUAUUAUUAUUACACUUUCGGUAAUCAUGGAGCCUAUUUUUAUUAAGAAAUGAGUCAUAUAGGGUUAUUUAGAUAUAAAGGCUAAUUUUACGCUUAGAAAUUAUUGAAGAUAAUAAAAUGCUCUUUAUUAUUUUACUUCGUAACCGAUGGUUAUUGUUAUAUUCGAGGUUGAAACGAACUUGCGAGAUUGUGACAUUACGUUGUGCGCUCGAGCGAGGAUGUAAAAGAUCUAUGAUAUCCGAAUGAAAUCUGAAUAUAUUCUAUCAAGAAAUCUCGAAAGCAUUGAGCAUCGAUGCUAAAAUCAAGCGAUUGGACGUUAAACGAGCGGUGAACGCGCCGAAAUAACGUGGAACGCGAGAGAUACACUUUCAGGACACAUUUUUUAUUUGUCGUAAUAUUAAUCCUUCGAGAGUAUCCGUACUAAGUUCACUUCAUUUCUUUUACAUCAGCGAUUUUAUCAUUGCUAUUGAUCAUGGGAACUAUUAUGUUUAAGGAUUUUAAGGUUAAGUUCGUCGUGUGGUCUUCGUACGAUACUUUUGUAAAUCGACAACUGCUCGUAGUAGACAUUGUCGCGA